AUGUGUGACUUCGAGGGCGUACAGCACCAUCUUGGCAGCCACGUGCAAGGCCUUCCCACCUUCGUGUCCAGCUGCGGCGAGUCCCAGGCAGGGCAUCUGGCGAGGAUCAUCGGUCAUGGCUCACCACCCUGCACCAGCAAUGGGCUCCAGAUCACCUUUGGCAGAGUGUGGCUUGGUAUGGCCAAGCAGCUGGAGCUAGAGCUGGAGGCCGUGUGGGGCCCGACCCAGCCUCAUUGCCCCUAUCUGCUCCAAGCCAUGUAUGCCCAGGGAGAGUCACAGCUAGCCGCCUGCCAAACCUGCGCCACCCCCUACUUGGAGCCCCAGCUUCCGAAGGGACCCGGUGCCCUCAUGGCUGUAUACGACAAGUCCGACUUCUCACAUCCGAGACCUCCCCCUGGUGGCCGUGGUCGUUCCUCUCUCCAGGCAGCCAAAAGCGGGGAGACCUGCGGGCGACCACCUGGCGUGGAGUAUGGCAGGGGGACACCGCCUGCGCUGUUUGUGGACUCCUGGCGGGCGAGAGCUGUCAGGAAAUGUCUGGAGCGUGGGAAUGACCCUGCUCAUAAGGCCAGCUCAAUAAGGUGCGUGUGCCAGGCCUGCAACUGCGGGAGACCUUCCCACACAUCUGGCACCGCCCCUGGCGACUACGUACUGCGCGCCUGCACCUCCACGGGGGCGUCCUGCUCUGGGGCUGGAGGGGAAGCAGGCGUGGACAGCUGCAUGACCUCUCUGCCUGCCCUAGCCCUGCCCGGCCAGGAUGGUGGGGACACAGGGUUUUGUGUCAGCACUGCUGUCUCUGUAGCCCCAGACAAAGGCCAGUGCUCCACGUGGGGGGCUGGUCACUUCUCCACCUUCGACCACCAUGUGUACGACUUCUCGGGGACGUGCAACUACAUCUUCGCGGCCACGUGCAAGGACGCCUUCCCCACCUUCAGUGUCCAGCUGCGGCGAGGUCCAGACGGGAGCAUCUCGCGGAUCAUCGUGGAGCUGGGGGCCUCCGUCGUCACCGUGAGCGAAGCCACCAUCUCAGUCAAGGACAUCGGGGUCAUCAGCCUGCCCUACACCAGCAAUGGGCUCCAGAUCACACCCUUUGGCCAGAGUGUGCGGCUGGUGGCCAAGCAGCUGGAGCUAGAGCUGGAGGCCGUGUGGGGCCCCGACAGCCACCUCAUGGUUCUGGUGGAGCGGAAGUACAUGGGCCAGAUGUGUGGGCUCUGCGGAAACUUUGACGGGAAGGUGACCAAUGAGUUUGUCAGUGAGGAGGGCAAGUUCCUGGAACCCCACAAGUUCGCUGCCCUCCAGAAGCUGGACGACCCCGGUGAGAUCUGCACCUUUGAGGACAUCCCCAACACCCACGUCCGGCAGGUCCAGCAUGCCCAGAUCUGCACCCAGCUGCUGACCCUGGUGGCCCCCGAGUGCAGCGUGUCCAAGGAGCCCUUCGUGCUAAGCUGCCAGGCAGACGUGGCCGCAGCCACCCAGCCAGGCCCACAGAACAGCAGCUGUGCCACCCUGUCCGAGUACUCCCGCCGGUGCAGCAUGGUGGGCCAACCCGUCCGCCGCUGGCGGGGCCCCGGCCUGUGCUCCGUGGGUCAGUGCCCAGCCAACCAGGUGUACCAGGAGUGCGGCUCGGCCUGUGUGAAGACCUGCUCCAACCCGCAGCACAGCUGCUCCAGCUCCUGCACCUUCGGGUGCUUCUGCCCAGAAGGUACGGUCCUGAAUGACCUCUCCAGUAACCACACCUGCGUGCCCGUCACCCAGUGCCCCUGUCUGCUCAACGGCGCCAUGUAUGCCCCCGGGGAGGUCACAAUAGCCGCCUGCCAAACCUGCCAGUGCACCCAGGGCCGCUGGGCGUGCAGGGAGCGGCCAUGCCCUGGCCACUGCUCCCUGGAAGGUGGCUCCUUCGUCACCACGUUCGACGCCAGGCCCUACCGCUUCCAUGGCACCUGCACCUACAUCCUCCUCCAGAGCCCCCAGCUUCCCGAGGACGGUGCCCUCAUGGCUGUGUACGACAAGUCCGGCUUCUCACACUCCGAGACCUCCCUGGUGGCCGUGGUCUAUCUCUCCAGGCAGGACAAAAUUGUGAUCUCUCAGGACGAGGUGGUCACCAACAACGGAGAAGCCAAGUGGCUGCCAUACAAGACUCGCAACAUCACGGUCUUCAGGCAGACGUCCACCCACCUCCAGAUGGCCACCAGCUUCGGGUUGGAACUCGUGGUCCAGCUGCGCCCCGUCUUCCAGGCCUACAUCACUGUUGGGCCCCAGUUCAGAGGUCAGACCAGAGGGCUCUGCGGCAACUUCAACGGGGACACUACGGACGACUUCACCACCAGCGUGGGUAUCGCCGAGGGCACCGCCUCGCUGUUUGUGGACUCCUGGCGGGCGGGAAACUGUCCAGUCGCUCUGGAGCGUGAGACUGACCCCUGCUCCAUGAGCCAGCUCAACAAGGUGUGUGCGGAGACCCACUGUUCCGUGCUGCUGAGGACAGGCACGGUGUUCGAGAGGUGCCAUGCCACAGUGAACCCCGCGCCCUUCUACAAGAGGUGCGUGUACCAGGCCUGCAACUACGAGGAGACCUUCCCCCACAUCUGUGCCGCCCUGGGCGACUACGUACACGCCUGCACCUCACGGGGCGUCCUGCUCUGGGGCUGGAGAAGCAGCGUGGACAACUGCACCAUCCCCUGCACGGGCAACACCACCUUCAGCUACAACAGCCAAGCCUGUGAGCGCACCUGCCUGUCACUGUCGGACCGGGCCGCCGAGUGCCAUGCCAGUGCAGUGCCCGUGGAUGGUUGCAACUGUCCCAAUGGCACCUACCUGAACCACAAGGGCGAGUGUGUGCGCAAGGCCCAGUGCCCGUGCACACUGGAGGGUUACAAAUUCAUUCUGGCUGAGCAGUCCACCAUCAUCAACGGCAUCACCUGCUACUGCAUCAACGGGCGGCUGAGUUGCCCGCAGCGACCACAGAUGUUCCUGGCCACCUGCCAGGCCCCCAAGACCUUCAAGUCCUGCAGCCAGUCCUCCGAGAACAAGUUUGGGGCGGCCUGUGCCCCCACGUGCCAGAUGCUGGCCACUGGUGUUGCCUGCGUGCCCACCAAGUGUGAGCCUGGCUGUGUCUGCGCCGAGGGCCUCUACGAGAAUGCCGACGGGCAGUGUGUGCCCCCUGAGGAGUGCCCGUGUGAGUUCUCGGGGGUCUCCUACCCUGGCGGAGCUGAGCUCCACACCGACUGCAGGACCUGCACCUGCUCCAGGGGGAGGUGGGCCUGCCAGCAGGGCACCCACUGCCCGUCCACCUGCACCCUCUACGGGGAGGGCCACAUCGUCACCUUCGACGGCCAACGCUUCGUAUUCGACGGCAACUGCGAGUACAUCCUGGCCACGGACGGGUGUGGUGCCAAUGAUUCACAGCCCACCUUCAAGAUCCUGACAGAGAACGUCAUCUGUGGGAACUCCGGGGUCACGUGUUCACGCGCCAUCAAGAUCUUCCUGGGGGGCCUGUCCGUGGUGCUGGCAGACAGAAACUACACGGUCACCGGGGAGGAGUCCCACGUGCAGCUCAGUGUGAGGCCAGGCACGCUGAGCCUUGUCGUGGACAUCAGUGUCCCCGGAAGGUACAACCUGACACUCAUCUGGAACAGGCACAUGACCAUCCUCAUCAGGAUCACCCGUGCCUCCCAGGAUCCCCUCUGCGGCUUGUGUGGCAACUUCAACGGGAAUAUGAAGGACGACUUUGAGACGCGCAGCAGGUACGUGGCGUCCAGCGAGCUGGAGUUCGUGAACUCGUGGAAGGAGAGCCCGCUGUGCGGGGACAUGCGCUUCGUGGCGGACCCCUGCAGCCUCAAUGCCUUCCGGCGCUCCUGGGCCGAGCGCAAGUGCAGCAUCAUCAACAGCCAGACCUUUGCUGCCUGCCACAGCAAGGUAUACCACCUGCCCUACUACGAGGCCUGCGUGCGCGACGCAUGUGGGUGUGACAGUGGCGGGGACUGUGAGUGUCUGUGCGACGCUGUGGCCGCCUACGCCCAAGCCUGUCUAGACAAGGGUGUGUGUGUGGACUGGAGGACCCCGGACUUCUGCCCCAUCUACUGCGGCUUCUAUAACACGCACACGCAGGACGGCCACGGCGAGUACCAGUACACCCAGGAGGCCAACUGCACGUGGCACUACCAGCCCUGCCUCUGCCCCGGCCAACCACAGAGCGUCCCAGGCAGCAACAUCGAAGGCUGCUACAACUGCUCCCAGGAUGAGUACUUCGACCACGAGGAGGGGGUGUGCGUGCCCUGCAGGCUGCCCGGCUUCAGGGCCAAGCAGGCAGUGGGGAGGGUGCUCCCCAAGGAUGUGCCAGUGCCCUGCAGCCCUGAUGGCAUGUCCGUCCACCCAGGCUCACGGCCCACACAAGUCUGGCCCACAACGGGAACCUCCACCACCAUCGGGCUUCUCAGCUCCACCGGACCCUCACCCAGCUCCAAACACACCCCUGCCAGCCCCACCCAGACACCCCUCCUUCCAGCCACGCUCACAUCCUCCAAGCCCACGGCCUCCUCAGGAGAACCACCUAGACCAACCACGGCCGUCACCCCACAAGCCACAUCAGGGCUGCCUCCCACAGCCACACUGAGAUCGACAGCCACAAAACCCACAGUGACCCAGGCCACAACCAGGGCCACAGCAUCGACUGCCAGCCCAGCCACAACGUCCACAGCUCAGUCCACAACACGGACCACGGUGACACCACCAACACCAGCCACACCAGGGACAAGCCCCACGCUGCCAAAAUCGACAAAUCAGGAAGUGCCAGGAACAACGGCCACCCAGACGACAGGCCCACGUCCAACCCCAGAGAGCACCACGGGCCCAACCACCCCACAGCCAGGACAACCCACGAGGCCCACAGCCACAGAGACAACUCAAACAGGAAUGACCACUGAAUACACAACGCCCCAAACCCCACACAUCACACAUUCCCCACCAGUGGGGAGUCUCGCUGCUUCCACAGGUCCUACGACUGCAACAUCCUUCCAGACCACCACUAUCUAUCCAACACCAUCACACCCUCAGACCACACUUCCCACUCACGUGCCACCUUUCUCCACCUCCUCAGUGACUCCAAAUACUCACACAGUCAUCACGCCUACCCACGCACAGAUGUCCACUUCUGCCUCUAUCCACUCAACGCCAACAGGCACCAUUCCUCCACAAACAACAGUCAAGUCCACAAGGUCCACCCACACGGCCCCACCAAUGACGACAACAACCAGUAGGACCAGCCAAGACAGCAGCUCAUUCAGUACAGCCAAAACCUCUACAUCCCUACACUCAUACACUUCCUCCACACACCAUCCUGAAGUCACCCCAACUUCUACCACCACCAUUACUCCCAAGUCCACCAGUACAAGCACAGGCACCCCUGUGACCCACACCAACUCAGCCACCAGCAGCAGGACACCCAUACCCAUCACAACACACUCCCCACCUACAGGGAGCACUUCUGUCUCUUCCACAGGUUCCAUGACUGCAACAUCCGUCAAGACCACCACUACCUAUCCAACACCAUCACACCCUCAGACCACACUUCCCACUCAUGUUCCAGCUUUCUCCACCUCCUUGGUGACUCCAAGUACUCACACAGUUAUCACUCCUACCCACGCACAGAUGUCCACUUCCUCCUCCAUCCACUCAAAGCCAACAGGCACCAUUACUUCACCAACAACCCUCAUGGCCACAGGGUCCACGCCCACAGCCCCAACAAUGACGGGGACCAUCAGUGGAACCAGUCAAGCCCAGAACUCAAUCAGCACAGCCAAAACCUCUACAUCCCUACACUCACAGGCUUCUUCCACACACCAUCCUGAAAUCACCCUAACUUCUACCACCACCAUUACUUCCAACCCCACCAGUACAGGCACAGGCACCCCUGUGGCCCACACCACCUUGGUCACCAGCAGCAAGCCACCACCACCCUUCACCACAUACUCCCCACCUACAGGGAGUAGUCCCGUCUCUUCCACAGGUCCUAUGACUGCCACAUCCUUCCAGACCACCACUACCUAUCCAACCCCACCACACCCUCAGACCACAUUUCCCACUCACAUUCCACCUUUCUCCACCUCCUUGGUGACUCCAACUACUCAAUUUCCCACUCAUGAUUCCACCUUUCUCCACCUCUUGUGCAGAAACCAGCACCCCUGUGGCCCACACCACCUCGGCCACUAUCAGUGA